UGCACAUUUUGAACUGCGUAGAGACCGGAGAGAUCGUGAGCAGCGUGUGUGGCAAGAUAAUCUUCAACAUGGCAGAUGUUGUUAUUCUCGACGAAGAGUCAACGCAAGAAGAAUCUACCAUUGAUGAAUCCGUCAAGUCCGAACCCGAGGAGACAUCUGAAGAAACACCCAACGGCGUGAAACCGGAUGCUGAUGAGACUAAUCCUGCCAAAGACAAGCAUGAGUCUAAAGAGAAGAACUCUGGGAACAGAAGAGGAAGCCGCUUCCAUCCCUACAAAGAGAAACAUGGUGGAGAAAAGAAGGGUUCUCAUAGGAACCGGGUGUUCAUCAGCAAUAUCCCAUAUGAUAUGAAGUGGCAGGCAAUUAAAGAUCUAAUGCGUGAGAAAGUUGGUGAGGUUACAUACGUGGAGCUCUUUAAGGAUGCAGAAGGAAAGUCAAGGGUAAGUGAUGUGGCCAACUUGCUGCACGAGGUUUUAAAUGCCCUCAGCAGGCUCUUAUCAAUCAAGUGCUCUCUUAGGUUUUGAUCCUUUGGGUCUUACUAAGUCACUGAACUGGAGAUACUGAAGGUUGUGUUUAGAGCCUGAUAGAUGGCCAAUGAUUGAUAUUCAUUUGAAAGGGAGAUGUCCUGUUGAUUUUGGAAAACUAGCCUAACGAACUCAUCUAAGAGUACAUUUUGCUUUUGUUGUUGUUAUUUCAAUUGGUGUAAAAGUUUGUUUGUUUGGCCAUUUUCCAAAGGGAAAUGUGGGUUGUGUGAUUUGUCUUAUCGAUUAACCCCCAUGUCUCCAAAUCUUUUACAAUUCUGUUAUAUGGCACAGCUCUCUCUUCAAAGGAACAAACAGCCUUGAAAGAUAAUGUAAUGAUUCAUUGUUAUGUUUAUAUAUAAAAAAUGGAAGUCAUGCAUUUUAUAGAAACAAAUGUGGACCACACCAUUUUUAUUAAGUAAGUUGAUAAAACGUACCCCUAAACAUUGUACUAAAUAUGUAUUUUAGUGUCUUUAUUAUUUUCUACUUCAGAAUUUAUACCCAGUUCAAAACACUCAAAUGUUUUAGCUAGACUGCAAUGCAUAGGAAUAAAUGUUUACUGAAUAUUUUAAAGGACAUUGAUAUUUUUUUUGUUAUUAUUAUUAACUAUUAAAUGUCAACACUCAGUUUAAGAAAAUAAUAAAGGUAAUGUCUUAUCUGUCUUUGAAGUAAUGUCAAUUUUAGACUUAAACACAACCAAAAGUGCUGGUGCAAGCCAGUGCAAAAACUGUCCGACAGGCACGGAGUACAAUUUCAGAAGCAUGUGAAUACAUUCAAUUAAAAAUGUUCUUUUGCUUGUUCCAAAUAUUAAUUGCACUCUGUUUGCUCCCUCCACUAUGGACAUCUGUGCUACCUGGAUUCCUAUGUGGCCUCCUUGUGCAGGGUUGUGGUGUGGUUGAGUUCAGAGAUGAGGAGUUUGUGAAGAAGGCAAUAGAAACAAUGAAUAAGCAUGACCUGAGUGGAAGGCCACUCAACAUCAAGGAGGACCCUGAUGGAGAACAUGCUCGGCGUGUGUUGCAGCGCAUGGGAGGAGGUCAACAGGGAGGUCGUGGGCAGGACAUGGGGCCUGGUGGGAUGAACAUCCCUCACUCCAUCACCAACAACCCCAACAUCCCACAUGACAUUAUUCUUGCUCUGCAAGCUGGACGAUUGGGCAACACAGUGUUUGUGGCCAAUCUCGAUUUCAAGGUGGGCUGGAAGAAGCUGAAAGAGGUGUUUGGAAUGGCAGGUGUGGUGAAGCGGGCAGAUGUGAAAGAAGAUAAAGAUGGCAAGAGUCGCGGCAUGGGAACAGUGACUUUUGAGCAGCCACUGGAGGCUGUGCAGGCCAUAUCCAUGUUCAAUGGACAGAUGCUGUUUGACAGACAGAUGCAUGUUAAAAUGGAUGAAAAAUCUCUUCCCCCUGAUGAUUUCCAUCAAGUAGAGAAAUCUCCUCAGUUACCACGGGGUCUUGGUGGCAUUGGGAUGGGACUGGGACCAGGGGGGCAGCCUAUAAAUGCCAACCGUCUGAGUGGUGGAGGAGGAAUGGGCUCCAUGGGGCCUGGAGGUGGAGAUAUGGCCAGACUGACCUCAUCUUCUGCCAUAGGUAUGGAUGUUCAAGGUGGUGGUGGAAUGAAUAGACUUGGAGGAGGAAUGAGUGGCAGCGGGGGCUAUGGGGGUAUGGAUAACAUGGGCAGCAUGGGUGGCUUUGGAGGGAGAGACAUGGCACCAGUUGGAAGGAUGGGAGAUAUGUUCCGGUCAGGAAUGGGGGGAAUGGAUCGCGACUUUGGCCACAGUGACAUGUCAAUGAACCGAGGAUUUGGAGAUUCUUUCGGAGGAAUGGGUGGAGGUUUUGGCGGAGGCAUGAGCAGUGGUGGCAUGGGGCAUAUGGGAACUGGACUAGGCAGUGGAAUGGGAAACAUGUCGAUGGACCGGAUGGGCGGCUCCAACUUUGACCGUAUGGGCAUGUCAGGCAUGGACAUGAACCGUGGCUUUGGUGGCUACGGAGGCGGUGGACCGGGCCACAUGGGCGGGGGCAUGUUGGACAGAGGCUCCGGGUCCAAAGGCGGCUGUCAGAUCUUUGUGCGAAAUCUGUCCUAUGAUCUGACCUGGCAAAAGCUGAAAGAGAAGUUCAGUCACUGCGGCCAGGUAAUGUUUGCAGAGAUCAAGAUGGAGAACGGAAAGUCCAAGGGCUGUGGAACAGUGAGGUUUGACUCUCCUGAGAGUGCCGACAAGGCCUGCAGGAUGAUGAAUGGAACCAAGAUCAAUGGCCGAGAGGUGGAUGUCCGCAUUGAUCGCAACGCCUAGAGCUUUUGUAGUAAUCAUGCUAACACACUUCCACAUUCAGCCCUCUUGACGAUGAUCUUUUGUUUUGUUUUAAAAACACAAUUACUUCAUAUCUCCGUGUGUCCACCGUUUCAUUUUUUGUUUAUAUAAACUACAUAGCUCUUUUAUCUUUGUUUUGUAAACCCCUUUUUAAUUUGUUAGGCAGUUUAUUUGAACAAAUAAACUUUUUAAUUUUUAAA